AUGUGACUUGUCAUGUGAAAAUCCAGAGUCAAUUCAGUAGCAGUAGUCGGUGUAGGAAGAUGAUGUUCGCAACGCUCGCGUUUGCUGCAGUUGCGGUUUUCGUGGAAUUAUCUGCCGGUGUUGUAAUAUUUGACGAUUCUGUUGGACUAGAAAGACAGUUUGAUGGAAUCGGCGGUCUCAGCGGAGGAGGGGCAACAUCAAAACUGUUGGUGAACUACCCUAAAAAGCAAAGAGAUGAAAUCUUGGACUAUCUUUUCAAGCCAAACUUCGGAGCUUCUCUGCAGAUUCUUAAAGUUGAAAUAGGAGGAGAUGCACAAAGUACAGACGGAACCGAGUCCUCCCACAUGCACAACAGCUGGGAGGAGAACUACCAGAGAGGAUAUGAGUGGUGGCUCAUGUUGGAGGCCAAGAAGCGCAACCCUAACAUCAAGUUGUAUGGUCUCCCGUGGACCUUCCCUGGUUGGGUCGGGGACGGCACACGCAGCCCCUACACCAACCCCAAGCAGACUGCUACCUACAUCCUCAAGUGGGUCCAAGGAGCCAAGAAGUACUACAAUCUUACCAUAGACUAUAUUGGGGUGUGGAAUGAGAGAGACUAUAACAUCCCCUACAUCAAGAUCCUGAGGAAGACUUUCGAUGACAAUGGCCUGAGCAACGUGCGUAUGGUGGCAGCUGAUGGAGGAUGGGGUAUUGCCAACGAUAUCCAGAAAGAUUCGGUGCUUGCUAGUGCCAUCGACUACAUAGGAACUCACUACCCGGGAACCUUGACCACAACUGCGGCCAUGAAGACCGGCAAGCAGCUAUGGUCCUCGGAAGACUUCAGCACCUUCAACGACAACGUCGGCGGCGGAUGCUGGGCCAGGAUUCUAAAUCAAAAUUAUGUGAAUGGCUACAUGACAAGCACCAUCUCCUGGAACCUGAUUGCCAGCUACUACCAAGCCCUGCCAUUCUACAGAGACGGGCUGAUGACAGCUGUAGAACCUUGGAGUGGGAACUACGUCGUCCAGAGUCCUAUAUGGAUCACAGCUCACACGACCCAGUUCACAGAGAUAGGAUGGAAGUACUUGCGUCAUGGCGCCGGGGUGGGGAAACUGGAGACCGGGGGUAGCUUUGUAGGUCUCGUCAGUCCUGAUGAGAAGGACCUCACCAUCGUCAUAGAAACCAUGAGUCAUGACCACUCCCUGUGCAUUCGUCCGGCUCUCCCUCCUUACAAUGUGACUCCCGCCACAGUGGAAAUUGAGUUCAAGGGCAGCUUUGCAGCUCUGACUUCUCUCAAUGUGUGGUACAGCAAGCCCAGCUACGGAAAUGAAGCAGACGUGUUCUUCAUGAAACAGAACAAACUCUCGAUUGUGAACGGCAAGGCAUCUCUCAAGGUGAACCCAGAUGAAAUCUACACUCUGACAACACUUGAAGUCGGGCAGAAGGGGACAUUUGACAAUGCCCCACCUGCCUCCAAGCCCUUCCCCCUCCCCUACACAGAAGACUUUGAAGCAUACCGCGAGCAGGAAGAACCCUUCAACCUGGUACCACAAGUCGGGUGCUUUGAAGUCCACAAUACCUCUGACCCUACCCACCGUCAAGUGAUGAGACAAGUCGUACUCUCCGCACCCAUUGAAUGGUGCCCCAUAAACCUAGACUUUCCCAUUACCAUAGGGGGGAACUCCAACUGGACUGACAUCUAUGCUGAGGUUGACGUCAAACUGGGCGAGGUCAAUGGAACCAACGGCGUGUUCGUAGCUGCCCGAGUGGACCAGGGAGGCUGUAAUGCCUUCUCCUCCACAGGAAUAUUCCUGUAUAUCUUCCCCAAAAAAAACAACUACAUUUUGGCCAAUAACCUAGGUCGAACAUCGGUCAUCACCAGCGGUCAGCUGGGCGAGGUGGAGUCCAGCUGGAACAAGGUGUCACUCAUGGUCAAGGGCACAGUUGCUGUUGGAAUGUUGAAUGGGAAAACCCUGUUUAACCACACUGUACCCAGCAAACCUGCAAGUGGAUUUGUCGGACUCGGAACCGAUUCUUGGGGCAUCGCCGACUUUGACAAUCUCAAAAUAACAUCUGCAGAGGAUCAACUGCAUCAUUUACACCAUGUGAAAAAAGAGGAUGCAAAGUUAUAUUUUGUCCCUGGGGCUCACUGAUGGCACUUACAUAUAGCUGUACAUAAGAGUUGAUUCACGGAAUGAAAUGAUUAUCAAAAUGAGGGCAACAACUUUUUCUAAGUAUGUAUUUUUUUAUGGGUGUGAGCCUUAAGGCCAAAUAAUGAAAAUGUUGUUCUGAUUACACAUCUUUAAAAUUUAGGGUAGGUAGGAUUUGGGGUUUUUUAACAUUUUUUUUUUAAAGUAAAGUACAAACUAAUAACACAUUUAUCAAUGUGUAAUUGUUAUUCAAUCAAGCUUUCAGCCUUCAUGUUGAUUUUCUCGGUCAGAAUGACUGAUGUUCGUCGGUAUCGGGAUAAAACAAUGGUAUCAGAAUGCUUAUUCAUACCACUUUAAAAAAUAGGGUCGGCACCAGAAUUAACGGUUGGUCAGGUAAUCGGAACCACAACAUUUAUAUUAAGGCCUAACUAGUAUAACUGAUGGGGAUGUAUUGAGAACAUCAGAAGCUGACUUUGGUUUUCAUUGUCAUAACUUUCAAUAGCAUUUUCUGAUCAUUGCAUAAAUAUAUGGGCUGGUUGACAAAAUCAAAUAUCGGUAGUAUUGUAAAUGGGAAGAAUUAUUAAAGAUUAUCAAUAUCUUGCAUCAGUUCUCAUUAUGAAAGUUGUGCCAUGGGUAAUAUCUUAUGUGAACCAUUGUGAUUAAAUCAAGUUUCAAUUUACUAGAACGGAUUUGUGCCAAAACCGGAAUGCAAUCCGUUAAAUACAUUUUACAGACAAAAUACACAACUUGUUUGUACAUGUACUUAGUAACCUUGCAGAAACCAUCAACAAACUUUUUGGAGAUGGGUUUUACAUUUUUGUUCAGUGUUAUUUCACCUAGAUUUAUAGAUAAUUGAUGUCUUGGAUCCAUAUUGAUAGCCAGCCCUAAUAAAUGUGCAUUUUCAUUAUGACAAGAAGCAUGAUGCCUGUUGAGCAAUAUCUCAUCACAUGUCUUUUCUUGAUGAAAUACUCCUUGCACUGAUCUUACCUAUAUUCAUGAAUUACUUAAGGAUGUCUGGGAUUGUGAGUUUGUAUGUAGUACUAUGUACCCCACAGACUUGACUUGUGUAUCCAGACAUGUCACAUGUCAUAGUUUAUGCCAGUAUAUGGUGACUGACAUUAAUAGUUCAUGCAUUUUUGUCACAGACAUGUAUCAGGUUGAUGUCUAUGAUGCCAAGGCUGUCAGUAUUCUUUGGGGCCAAAACUAAGUAUAAACACCAACACAGGCUCGGGUGUUGCUAGUAUUUUGGGUGAAGCAAAAAUAUGACAUUAUUUACUGUUCUUCAGAAAUGUCACAAGUAUGCCAAAUCGAUUUUGAUAAUUUAAGACACCUGUUGCUAGAAACUUGGCCUGUUUCAUUUGUUUCAUUUACCAUGCCUCUCAGCUUAGCCACGCUAUGGCUAAGUGAACUACCGGUACAUCGCUGUAAUACGUAUACCUAUAUACUUGUGUGUAACCAGGGGUCGCUGGCCCACAACUGUACUGAAAUAAAGAAAUGAGCCAAAUCUGUUGUUGAUUGGUCAAAUACACCUGAUGGGCAUGGUUACAGCAUAAAAAGCAUCUGAAAUCACAAAUGCUGAUAUUACAAUGGUUUUCUCACACACAAACUGGGGAAUAAUCGUAACAACCAUGGUACAGGUAGUCAGUUGGUGUGUCAUUCAGGAGAAAAAAGUAAAGGAGCUACUUGAUUUGCUGUUAAAUUAUCAGUACUUUCAAAAUUCUUAUGUGACACAUAUUCAAGGUGUAUUUGUUUUCUAGCAUACAAAAACAUUCCAUCUGUUUCAUAUCACAUUUGAACAUUCUAGUGGGUGUAUAUGAAGCAUGUUUAUCUGUUUAUAGCUUGUCUGUAUGAGACUGUUUAUAGUUUGGAGUUUGUGAAUGUAAUACAUGUAUAACCAUUGUACAGAAUUCAAAUCUGCGAUAUUAUAUCAUGUGAAUUUGUGCCUGCUAAGACCUGAGUUGUCACAACAUGGUUGACACACACAAAAGCAUUCAAUUAACAUGGAUCAGUGGAAAUAAAUCUGAAAUUAUUUUUGUACAUAUAUGCAUUUUGUUAAAGAAGGAUAAACCACAUGUGAUGGUUAUACUAACAGCAUAUUGUAUGCAUUUGUUAUUAUUUUUUUGUUACACACAUGUCCUUAAAUUGAUUUUCUUCUUACCCAAAUAAAGAAUAAUUUACUCUAA